AUGCCAUCUGACCAGUCAAAGAUACAGAUACAGCCAAAUGGAUCAGUACAACAAGGGAUCAAUUUCGUUCGAGCUCUGUUAUUCGAUAGAAAAUGGUAUUGGCAUUUCGUCACUCUACUAGUACUGGGAGAAGCCGUUUUGGGAAUGUUGAUAAUAUGGAGAAUACCUUAUACAAAGAUUGAUUGGCCAGCAUAUAUGCAACAAGUUGAAAUGUUCUUGGAAGGAGAAAGGGAUUAUUCGAGGAUCGAAGGAGAAACUGGACCAUUAGUAUACCCAGCAUUACAUCUAUACAUCUACACAUUAUUUUAUAAAUUAUUACCUUCAAUAGAAGACAUCCGCCCUGCCCAAUAUAUCUUCUUGAUAUUCUACUUGAUAACCCUUCUGUCUAUAUCGACUAUUCACUUUCUUGCUGGGAGAGGAUCAGGAUCCAGGAUAUCAAUUAUGACCAAUCGACACUAUCCUCAAAUAUUACUUGUGCCAUUAACACUUUCCAAAAGGGCACAUUCGAUAUUCCUGUUAAGGCUAUUCAAUGAUCCUAUUGCAAUGAUGGUUUUCUAUUCUAGUGUGAUCGCUAUGAUGAGCGGUGGGAAGAAAGGUUGGAGAAUUGGAUGUACCUUAUUCAGUUUGGCAUUAGGGAUCAAGAUGAAUAUCUUACUUUUCCUUCCUGGUUUAUUGGUUUUGCUAUUUCAGUAUAGAGGAAUUUAUGGUACUAUGGAAGGAUUAGGAAUCAUCUCUUUGAUCCAAGUCAUAUUACCUGCACCAUAUUUUCUUUCAUCGACGUUUUUGGCCAAGAAAUACUUCACAUCUGCAUUUGAUUUCUCACGGCAGUUCUUAUAUGAAUGGACUGUGAAUUGGAGAUUUAUCGAUGAAAAGAGUUUCUUGAGUAGAGAAAGAGCAGUAAUGCUUUUAGCUGGACAUCUGGGAGUGAUCAUACUAUUUGCCGCGCUCAAGUGGUCUCCUAUACCAGGGGGUACAUUGAGUGUUCUUAAGAACGGUUUAUCGAAUUGGAAUAACCCCGCUAUCUCUCCAAAGCAGUUACCUUCAUAUCAUAUCCCUUUGACCCUUUUCACAUCCAAUGUGAUUGGAAUACUAUUUGCUAGAUCGUUGCAUUAUCAAUUCCAAUCAUGGUAUUUUCAUCAAUUACCGUUCUUACUUUACUCGGGUGGUUCAUGGGGUAAUUUACCUUUAGGUAUCGUCGUUUGGUGCAUGAUUGAAUACGCUUGGGAAAUCGCACCUGCUACCCCACUUUCAUCCGGAUUAUUAUUAGGAGGACAUAUCAUAAUGCUCAGUGGAUUAUUCUUCUAUAAUACAAUUUCCAAAAAGGAGGAAAAGGUUCAAUAG